CUUCCAGUGUCGGCGGCGUUGGCUUCUACCUACAGAAUCCAACAUGGAGUAACCAGAGAUGGGGCUCGUACGGGGCCAUCCUCACCGACAUCAACGCACGAUUUUAAUUACCGCAUUUCAGCAUGGGGCGCGACGGGAUUAAAUCGGUGGAGGUAUUCCAAAGGGAUUUACUCUCUUGUGGAUGCGCUCGAAUAAUUGUAGUAAAGCGCUGAGAGACGAAGAAGAGAAGCGAGAAAUAACGCAAACAAACUGAAAAAACGCUCGGAAAACUAAGCUACUGCUGUUAGUGUGUGAUCGAGGGGUUGGACGAGAAGGGAAAGAUAAAAUGAAGACACCACAUUACGUACCCUCGGUGGGAUAUUAUUGUAGGUGAAACGAAAAAAUGACCGAGGAAACACACCCAGACGAUGACAGCUACAUUGUGCGCGUCAAAGCGGUGGUCAUGACCCGGGACGACUCGAGUGGCGGCUGGCUGGCCCAGGACGGUGGAUGCCUCAGCCGUGUGGGCGUGUGCAAGGUGCUGUCGGCUGAGCUGCUGGGCCGAAGCAGCUUCCUCAUCCACGGCGAGCGCCUCAAAGACAAACAGGUGAUUUUGGAAUGCUUCCUGAAGAAGGAUCUGGUGUACACCAAGGCCACGCCCACAUUUCACCACUGGAAAGUGGACAACAAGAAGUGUGGCUUGACGUUCCAGAGCCCGGCCGAUGCACGCGCCUUUGACCGCGGGGUCAGGAAAGCCAUGGAGGACCUGACGGAAGGUACGGGAGGGGAUGGCGAAGACUAUGAGGGCUGUAUCUCAAUGCUCUUGAAUGGAUCUACCACCUCUUCUUUGACCAUCCAGAACGAGGCCGAGUUGGGUGACGACGAUGUUUUCACCAAUGCCACAGACAGCUCAUCCAGCUCCUCCCACUCCCAGAAGAAGGAGCCCCUGCAGCUGCAGACCCUGGCCCCGCCCAGCUUCUGCGAGCCGCGCCGGCACCACUGCAUCCUGGGUCACUUCUACGACCAGCACCGACACUCGGACCACUACUUCCUGGAUCAGGUGGGUGGCUGGGGGACGACGGUGGCGAAGUCGGUUCCCAUGUUCCCACGCCACGUCAGCUUCCAGGUGGAGGAGGAGGAGAUUGUGCGCAUCAACCCUCGCGAGCGGACCUGGCUGACUGGGUACGAGGACUACCGGCACGCCACCGCCGCGCGCGACAAGCUCAUCCAGCACCCCGAGGACACCGACGCCUACGUGCACUUCGCCAAGAGCGAGCCGCCCAAGCACGACUACACCUACCCUUACCCCCUGGGCCUUGAUCCAUACCAGCAUGCAAGGGACCCCAAGAUAGGCUGCGUGGACCGACUAGGUGGGGGUGGCCUUAUCGGGGGACACAGGGCGGUGGUCACAGCCCAGCCCCGCACCAUCCAGCUCAAGGGCAAGCGGCGGAAGGAAGACGGCGAGCGCUCACGCUGCGUCUACUGCCGGGACAUGUUCAACCACGAGGAGAACAGACGCGGGCGGUGCCAGGAGGCGCCGGACCCCAUCCAGACGUGCAUCCACCGGGUCAGCUUCAUGUGGUGCGCGGACAGCCUGCUCUAUCACUGCAUGUCGGACCCGGAGGGCGACUACUCGGACCCGUGCUCAUGCGACACCAGCGACGAGCGCUUCUGCCUGCGCUGGCUGGCCCUGGUUGGGCUGUCGCUGCUGGCCCCCUGCAUGUGCUGCUACGCUCCCCUGCGCACCUGCUACCGCUGCGGGGUGGCUUGUCACUGCUGCGGAGGCAAGCACAAAGCCGUGGGCUGAGGGCAGGGAGGUGCCAGCGGAGAGAGUAGAACAGAGACACAUGGAAGGGACUGGACCAGAAGAGGGUAGAACAGAGACACAUGGAAGGGACUGGACCAGAAGAGAGUAGAACAGAGACACAUGGAAGGGACUGGACCAGAAGAGGGUAGAACAGAGACACAUGGAAGGGACUGGACCAGAAGAGGGUAGAACAGAGACGCAUGGAAGGGACUGGACCAGAAGAGGGUAGAACAGAGACACAUGGAAGGGACUGGACCAGAAGAGGGUGGCCCCGCUAUUCUUUUGUUUUGUGUUUUUGUUUUCGCUGUUGCUUCUCUCGGCCAAAUUCCAGAUGGGAAAACAAUCGGCUUGUCCUGAUUCUUUUGGAAAUGGAAGUUUCUCUCGGUGGAAAGAAAGAGAAAAAAAAAUACAUUUCCUAUUGUUUUUAUUUUUGUUAGUUUUUUUAUUUUUAUAGGGGUACCCUGCCUACGGCUUCCACGUCCUUGCAUUACAAAGACUAAAAUAAUGAAUAUUCAUUUAUAUAUAAAUAUAUAUAAACAGGUACUUUAUAUUUUUACACUCAUGUGUUUUAAAGGCUUGAAUAUUUUUCUUUGUGUUUUGUGUGAGGUCAGUGUGAGCGUUGUUUUCUGAGGGGGGCUCCCACUUUGUGUUACCCUCGCCAUGGCUCACCACCAAUCACAGAUCAAGCUGGUUCCCGCCUGUAAAGCAGAGGCACUUAAAUCAAUGUGUGUCCUAAAUGGUACCUUAUUCCUUAUGAAGUGCACUACUUUUGAUCAUAGCCCAAUGGGCCAUAGUCUAAUGUAGUGCAAUAUAUAGGUAAUAGAGUGCCAUGUGGGACGCAGCCCAACUGUGAUCACGUCUGCCCCUACCCAGCCAAUGAAACAAAAGAAAAGGCAAACGUUUAACCAGUGUUUCCUCGUUCUGCUCCUUGACUAGUCCUGACCUAGCCUGGUCCCAGAUCUGUGCUGUUUUGUCAACUCCUAUGGUUAUCAAUGGCUAUAGGAGUUGACUAUACAACACAAUUAGACCUGGGGCCAGGAAGGUACCUGACUAUACUCAUUUUAAAACCAAAUUCAACCUAAUAUCAAUUAAUGUCAGUGGAGACACACCUGGAAAAAACAUGGAAGUACCAUUCUACUGCUCAUUCAAGUUAGACUGAAUGUAUUGUGGAUUCGGCUCAGAACAGAAGAUAAAAUGGGUCAGGAGGGGGAAACCCUGCUUUAGAGUGGUGUGUGUGUGUGUGUGUGUGUGUGUGUGUCUUUGUGCAAAGGUCUGGAAAAUGGAAUGGGCAGCAAUGUAUCCCUGAUUGCUAUUGUUGUGACUUCAACUAAAAGCCAAAAUGACAAAAUAAGCUGCAGCAUUUAUAUAGAGUAUCUAAAUUUGUCAUUUUUUUGAAGAUAAUAAUCCUCAAUCAACUGUUUAUUACAGUGGAGGAGGAGAACUCAAGCCUUAGGUGACCUUUUAUUCAGUUGAUGCUUGAUGUUGAUCUUUUGAUAUAGUUUUUAUUUAUUUGCCUUGCUAAAUUUAGACACCAGCCUAGGGGACUGGGGGGUUAAGAGGAAGGGAACGGUCCUCUUGUAAACUAAACACAGCCAAGAGGGGAAGAAGAGGGGUUUUUUGCCACCUUUUGAGAUGGAUGAUGUCGUUGUCCACUACAGUGUCAAUGGUGCUUUCUUUAGCGUGUCUUUUCUUUAGUCUUUCAAAAGGAUACUCAACGAGGCUGUCAGGGAAACGCUAUCUUUAGAGUCUUGCUCAACUUUAAAAAGACAGUUUUGAUCUGGUUGCUCAUCUUUCCCCACUCCCUUCAAGGGUAUAUGAUUGUGGGUUCUCCAACGAAGGGACCUGCUAGCACACCUGAUUCAACUAAUCACCUGAUCGUGUUCUUCAGUCUAUACCACGAUUAGCUGAUACGGGUGCGUUACUGCAGGGCUGGAACGAAAGGCUGCACACCCAGGAGCUCUCAAGACCAGAGUUGUGGAGAAGGGUUUUUAUCUAUUGUUCUGUAGUCCAAUAAAUCCAACUUCCUGGUCUUUUACUCGGUAUUACAUUACAGCCAAUGGCAAGGGAGGAGGCUGUCUGUCAGCCAAUCACGUCAGUCAGGCAGGUGGUGUCAAAAUGUAUACAAAAAUAAAAUGGACGCUACAGUAUGUAUGUAUGUAUGUAUUGAAACAAAAACUAGCCUCAAAUAUAAACCACCCUGUAACCUCACCUCGUGGGAGGAACAUUGUUUGAUCUUUCUCUGUAUGAAGCACAACACUAAUCAGAAAACCCUUAUGAACAAAAUGCGCAAAUUGCUGUGAAGUACCCGAUCUCGAGUCGCAUCAAUGUGGUAGAAAAGACAUCUUAUGCCAUCUAUCCCAGUCAUACAUGAACUAAUCGUCAUAACCAUUCAAGUACCAAGCAAUGUCUGGGGUUAAAUGGGUGACGGUACCAUGGCAUUGUGGAUUCUGUACAAAAGCUGUCGUUGUGUCCAUGUCUUUCUCUGUACUCUCUCUCUGCCUUUCUUCCUUCCUUUUUUUCUGCUGUGUGUUCCUGUUUGUCAGCUUUGCAAUACUGUUGCCAUUCAUUGUAGAGAAGAUCCUAGUUUUAUUUUUCUAUCUGUGGUAAAAGAAAAGUUAACCAAAAGCAGUUUGUCUGUUUUGGUGCGGUGUCUAAUUCCUGCACACAUUUAACUAUUAAAGGAAAGUGCCUGAA